CCUUUUAUUAUGUUUUAUUUAUACACAUUUAUCAAUUAAUUGUGAGCUGCUUUGGUGUGAUAAAUGAAAAAUGUGCAUGUGUAUUAAUAUAUGGCCAAAUCUGCAUAGUUCACAUAUAAAACGGAAUAUAGUAUAAAAGAAAAUAAAUAUGGAAUAUGAUAUAAUACGUAGAUAUUCAACUCAAAUAUAUGUGCAAUAAUGUAUUUUUACAUUAAUUUAAUUAUUAUUAAAAAACACAUUUAAAUGUAAAUUGACGAACAGUUGUAAAUCUUAGCACAUGUACGCUCUAACAUCAAUCGCGAUGAUUUUCGGAUUUUAUUAUGACUUGCUUGAUCUGUUGGGUGUAUCGCCUUGUCGCUAUCGCCAAAAACUAAUAUUUUGAAUGUUGUCCACAUACACACGUGCAUAUUUCAAUGUGAACCAAAUUUGAAAUUUGUAAUAAAAUUUUACACUAUAUGUCACAAAUUAUAUAGUUUAGCCUAGUUCUUUAAAUACCAAUUGAUUAAAAUAUGGAUUUACUGUGUACUGAAAGCAUAGUUACUCAUUCCGAACAGUCGUUACAUAGGUAUAAAAAAAAAACGCCCACUGAACAACAAAUUACAAAUAAUUUCAACAUCAAUUGCAAUUGCAUAACUUGUUCAUCAGUAUGCUUCUCGACCAUUGCAAAAUGUAACACAGCAACAGAUACUACAACCGACAGCAUACCAGCAGUGUCUGUCAGAGUACCUUCUGCUUGCAAUAUGAAUAAGCUGGUGUAUGUAAUAUCUUCAGUGGCAACACCUACAAGUCCGACCCUAUCAACAAAACAACUUAAACAAACACAGUUAAAUAAUGAUCAACUACUGUAUCAACUGCCUUCGCAUCACCAAUCUAAUAACUCCAAAUUAACUGCAAUAACAAAUGAAAAUGAAGCUGUAGGCGAUAAGCGUUUUGUGUAUGAAAAUGCACAUGUGAUCGUUACAGAUCCCAUUUUUAAAUCGGAUCGCUGUUUAGAAAAUGCCCUAAAGUCGGAGGUAAAGGCUCAGAUUCUCGGAACAUAUUUAAAGACAGUACAAAAGGACAUAACCCCGCCUAUGCGCAAAAUUGUUGCUGAAUGGAUGAUGGAGGUUUGUGCUGAGGAGAAAUGUCAGGAGGAGGUAGUUUUGCUAGCAAUUAACUACAUGGAUCGCUUUUUGUCAACAAAAUCUGUUCGAAAAACUCAUUUACAAAUCUUAGCAGCCGCCUGUUUAUUGGUUGCUUCCAAGAUACGUGAGCCCACCUGUCGGGCGCUUUCUGCAGAGCUUCUUGUAUUCUAUACGGACAACAGCAUAUAUAAAGAUGAUCUCAUUAAAUGGGAGCUAUACGUGUUGAGCCGUCUAGGCUGGGACAUUUCAUCUGUGACGCCCUUAGAUUUCUUGGAGCUCUGGAUUAUACGUCUACCUAUGAAGUGUAAGGACUUUUCUGACCUGAACACCGAGAAAGUACGCCACCUCGCUCAGACCUUUAUAUGUCUAGCAGCAAAAGAAUAUAAAUUUUCCAAGUAUACUGCAAGUACUAUAGCGGCAUCAAGUAUUGCCGCAGCAAUGAAUCGACUUAAAUGCCAUCUUUGUACGGGUGAUAACAUACAAAUAUUCUUCAGCUUUUUCACGGAUUUAACAAGUGUGGGACAGGAACAACUGCAUCAGUGCACGAUACAAAUGGAAGUCCUAUAUAAUGACCAAAGCCAUACAAUACAACCAUUUUUUCUCGGCAUUGACCAGCAGCAACCAUUUAAUGCAUAUUAUAAAAGCCCAUACCUUCAAUGUGAUCAUCAGAAGCGCUUAAUGUCCGUUUUGCCCAAGCUCGCUCAAACUUGUAAACUGCAGGCACAUGCGCAAAAGGAUUUACAUGAAAUAAAACUUUGAAGAUUAUUUAUUAGCUUUUGCUAUUGUAUUUUAAUAUAUGCCUCCCAUGAUUCGAUUUUUUUUUAUAUCAUAGAUGGAAGGCUGUCACCUGGAAUUAUCUGACUAAAAAUAUAUAUGACUAACGUCUAUAUAUGUAAAGCCUUAUAAAGACAACUGUAUAUAAGUAUGUUUGUAGGCUAACCUACAACGCAAUAUAUAAUUUAUAACUAGUAUGGAAACAAAUAUAAUAUUCAGUAAUGGAUUUUAGUACACGUACA